CCACUUAUCUCUAGAUUGCGGUCAAUCAUAAACAAAGCACUUCGGUGUACAAUUUUUAAUUUGACCUUUGACAAGUACGUUAAUGUUACCGUAUCUAAGACUAACGUCACUUAAAUAUUACACAAUUCCCUUCCAACUGCAGUGAGACUUUUGCAAAUUGUGCGUAAGAUGAGCCAACCAGCUUCUAUAGAACAACUUUCAGGUGAGCGCUUGAAAUACCAUGAGCGCAAGGAUGCCUUUCUGGAGGAGAACAUUAAGAUAAAAGAUCCAUUUGUCAUAUUUCGUGACUGGCUAAACGAUGCUCUCAAUACAAAGGAGAUCCUCGAGCCAAAUGCUGCAGCCUUGGCCACGGUUAACGCUGAGGGCAAGCCCUCCAAUCGCUUUGUCCUGGUUAAGGAAGCCACCACCGAGGGCUUCACCUUCUUCACCAACUAUGGCAGUCGCAAAGCCGAGGAUAUUGCCUGUAAUGCCAAUGUGGCCAUCGCCAUUUACUGGCUCCCCCUGCGUCGCAGCAUUCGCAUCGAAGGCGUCGCUGAAAAGAUCUCCAGGGAUGCAUCCCUGAAAUACUUCCACGAGCGUCCACGCGCUAGUCAAAUCGGAGCCGCUGCCAGUCCGCAGAGCCAACGCAUACGCUCGCGCAGCUAUCUGGACGAGGUGGAAGCGGAGAUCAAGGCCAAGCUGGGCGAGAGUGGCCAGGUACCGCUGCCCAAUUGGGGUGGCUACCUGGUACGCCCAUCGCUCAUCGAGUUCUGGCAGGGACAAACGGAUCGCCUGCACGAUCGCAUACGCUUCCGACGUGGCCCUGGAGUUCUCGACGAGGUGGACGGAGAGCUCAUUCAUAAAGGCGAGAAUGAUUGGGUCUAUGAGCGAUUAGCACCUUAAAGAAAGACAAAGAAAGGGCGAGAGACAGCUAAAAGUUAAAUGCUGCGCAUUUGUUAUGUCUUCCAAAAUGCUUGAUAAUUUGUCCGAAAUAAAACUGUGUAAAAUAUCA